CGAGAUGAACCGCACCGAGCCGGACCUGGCGAAGAUCGAACCUGGUGGCUGGCCGCGUGUCGGGAAGCGCCCAUUGCAUCCCAGCAGCAACGUUCCACCGUGAUCGUAAGCGCCGAGCGAAGGGUUUCACGAACGGUCGACACGUCUCUCUCGCCGAGUCUCUCGCGUCCCCCCUUCGAGUAUUGCUCCCGCCUCGCUCAGGACACUGGUUCACUGCCUGGUACCAGACAGUGACAGGCCGGGUCAAAAAGUUAAACGGACGCGCUCCUGUAGCCAUUGCAUGGGACUUUGACGCGUCGCUCUCUCCCAUUUUGCUGCCAUGAACACCGACCAAGCCCCAGGCUGGCUGCCAUCCUUCCUCAUCCCUUUCGUUACGCUCUCGUACCCCACCGCCUCCCCGGCCGUGCCGGACUCCUUCCCCGACUCAAGUUACUACGGCACCGGUGUCCUCGACGGUUGCCUCAUAAUCACCUUCAUCGCCGUAGCUGCAAUUCUCCGCGACAUUAUAAGGCUAUGGAUUCUGGAGCCUUUCGCAAGAUGGAAGUUAACGCGGGAUCUCAUGUCGAGAAGGAGGGCGAAGAGCAGCCUCGCUCGGCGGGAGAAAGCAGGCGCCGUCACCAACGGGAGCAGUCACGCCUCUCAUGAUAAUGCUAAUGGCCAUGCUACGCAUACGAACGGCAACGGUCAUAUCGACAUUGCCGACGACCACAUCUCCAAAAGGACGGCGAAGAAAAUGCACAAGAGCGUUCUUCGCUUUGCUGAGCAAGGCUGGGACUUUAUUUACUUCUCCUUCGUCUGGGGUCUUGGACUGUACGUUCACUACCACUUGCCCACCCGCGUGCUAGAUCCCAUAGACGUCUGGCUAAAAUAUCCUCAUAUACCCCUUGCUGGACCUAUCAAAUUUUACUAUCUGCUGGAGACAUCAUUUUACUCUCACCAGAUUCUGGUCAUCAAUGCCGAGGCUCGUCGCAAGGAUCACUGGCAAAUGAUGACCCACCAUGUCAUUACUGUCUUCCUCAUGGUAGGCAGCUACUUCUACAACUACACCCGCGUUGGCUGCCUCGUCAUGUUCCUCAUGGAUUGGUGUGACAUCUGGCUUCCGCUGGCGAAGAUGUUCCGUUACAUGGCCCUCUCCACCUUGUGCGACUUAACAUUCGUCUGGUUCAUGGUAUCUUGGGCCGUCACCCGGCAUUGGUUGUUCGUGCUUGCCAUCCUGUCUGCGUGGUCGGCCAUGGCAGUUGACCCACCGUUGUGGGACCCUGUCUAUGGCUACUUCAUGACUAGUCCCGCAAUCUUGACCUUCUUGUCCAUGCUCGUCGCUCUUGAGGUGAUUCAAGCAAUGUGGUUCUGGCUGAUCUGCCGAGUGGCUUACCGAGUCAUAAGUGGGAAGGGUGCUGAGGAUGAGCGUAGUGAUGACGAGGGGUGAGUACAUCGAUUCAGACAAUACACUCUUGCUCAUAAUAUACGAUCUAGGGGUGACAGCGAAGAGGAAAGUAGGAAGGAACGAUGAUGCAGACGGCCAUGAUAUAUUACCCUCACCUAUUUCAGCGUGAUUGCUUUGUGUGUGCUGUAGCGUUUUUGCUGUGCUACGUGCGCUGGUGCUGUUAU